CCCAGUUGCCAGAUUUUUUAAAAAAGUUUAGAUUUCCAAUCAAUCAAGCCUGUUCCUUUAACGACUUUAUAAAAGACUACGAUUCCCAGCACACUUUGAGGCAUCGCGGGGGAUGACUUCGACUCCCAGCAUACCCUGCUUUGGAAUUUCGUGUCCCAGAAUGCAACGCCUUUCCUAGGUCCUCGGGGCCUGCCGAUACUACAGUUCCCAGCAUGCAGCGACCCCGCCCCUUGCUCCUGGCUCCCCUCUGGUCCUUGUUUAGGAGGGACCUUUUGGAUACAAGAGGACAGUUCCUGCAGACACAGCCCCCUUUGUGGGGCGUAAAUAUGCGGCAGUUCCGGCUGGUCGAGCCUGUCCAGAUAAAACCUAGAAGGGACGGGUUUUGGCCUGGUGCGCGCUGUGCUCAGGCAGCUUUUCAGACAGCCCCGACGGGGUCCUUCUGGGGCUUUCCUGCCUUUGAACCGCGGUGGCGGGCGGGCACACUGCCUCCGGCGCGCUGGAGAGUAGGGCCCGCCAUCUCCAUGGCCACCGCUGCGAGUGGCCUUGGCGCGGGCGCGUCGCGGGACAUCCUGUGGCGCGUUUUGGGUUGGAGGAUAGUUGCAAGUAUUGUUUGGUCUGUGGUGCUUCUGCCUGUAUGUACAACAGUGUUUAUAAUCUUCAGCAGCAUUGAUUUAUUUCAUCCCAUACAAUGGCUAUCAAAUUCUUUCAGUGACCUGUACAGUUCCUAUGUAGUCUUUUACCUCCUGCUGCUAUCAGUGGUAAUAAUAAUAAUAAGUAUUUUCAAUGUUGAGUUCUAUGCAGUUGUGCCAUCCAUUCCCUGCUCCAGACUGGCGCUGAUAGGGAAGAUCUUGCACCCUCAGCAGCUCUUGCACUCGUUUGUUCAUGCGGCGAUGGGGAUGGUGAUGGCCUGGUGUGCAGCCGUGAUGACGAAGGGCCAGUACAGUUUCCUGGUGGUGCCCUGCACGGGUGCUGAGGGCAGGAGUUCUGGACUCCAUUCGUACAGGCAGCAAGCCCCACACCAUUUCUUAGAUAGACCUGUUGCACAAACCUGCUUAAAUGAACAUCAUCUUUUUUUUCUACUGGCUGGAGCAUUCAUGGGCUAUAGCUAUAGUCUUCUGUAUUUUGUUAACAACAUGAACUACCUUCAGUUUCCAAUAAUACAGCAGUACAAGUUUCUGCGCUUUAGGAGAUCUCUGCUCUUAAUAGUUAAGCAUAGUUGUAUGGAAUCAUUGUUCCUGGUUAGAAAUUUCUGCAUCGUGUAUUAUUUUCUUGGUUAUAUUCCCAAAGCUUGGAUUAGCACAGCUAUGGACCUUCACACAGAUGAGCAGUCUCAUAGACCCCUCGACACAAUAAGUGGUCUCUUCAAUCUUUCAUUACUCUACCAUGUCUGGCUCUGUGGUGUCUUCCUCCUGAUGACUUGGUACAUCACAUGGAUACUCUUCAAAAUCUAUUCCACAGAGGCUCACGUGUUUCCUGUUCAACCACCAUUUGUGGAAGAGUCAGAGGAAUGCCUCCCAAAAGUUUUAAACAGUAAUCCUCCCCUCAUCAUAAAGUAUUUAGCCUUGCAAGACCUGAUGUUGCUUUCUCAAUAUUCCUCUUCUCGAAGACAAGAAGUUUUUAGCCUUAGCCAACCAGGUGGUCACCCUCACAAUUGGACAGCCAUUUCAAGGGAGUGUUUGAAUCUUUUAAAUGAUAUGACUCAAAAACUAGUUUUGUACCAAGAAGCUGCUGCUACAAAUGGAAGAAUGUCUUCCUCAUACCCAGUGGAACCUAAUAAAUUGGAUUCUCCAGAAAAAACACCUGAUACCUCCAGUCCUUUUGGAACGCCUUUUGGCUCCAGUGUGGUGAAGCGAGUGGCUGGAAUUUUUGAUGGAAACACCUGCUAUGGGUUGCCGCAGAGUCCUCAGCUGAUUAGAAGAGGACCAAGACUAUGGACUUCUGUUUCUGGUCAGCAAAUGUCUGACUAUUCUAAUCAUUCUCCAUAUACCUCUCUUAAUAAUGUGGAGGGUAAGACAAUGAGACAGCCCAGUGUGAUUUAUUCAUGGAUUCAGAAUAAACGUGAACAGAUUAAGAGUUUCUUGUCAAAACGGGUGCUGAUAAUGUAUUUUUUCAGUAAGCAUCCAGAGGCCUCCAUUCAGGCAGUUUUUUCAGAUGCCCAAAUGCAUAUUUGGGCAUUAGAAGGUCUGUCUCAUUUAGUAGCAGCAUCAUUUACGGAAGAUAGGUUUGGAGUUGUCCAGACUACACUACCAGCUAUUCUUAAUACUUUGUUGACACUGCAAGAGGCAGUUGACAAAUACUUCAAGCUUCCUCAUGCUUCCAGCAAACCUCCCCGGAUAUCAGGAAGCCUUGUGGACACUUCCUAUAAGACGUUACGAUUUGCAUUCAGAGCAUCUCUGAAAACUGCCAUCUAUCGAAUAACUACUACAUUUGGUGAACAUCUGAAUGCUGUGCAAGCAUCUGCAGAACAUCAGAAAAGACUUCAACAGUUCUUGGAGUUCAAAGAAUAGUUCAGUAAUAUAAACUGUGUUCAUUACACUGCUGAUACAACUACAGACGGCACAGUAAAUGUUCAGCAUUCUUGGAUCAGAAGAAAACGGACUAAUUAGAUGCUUCCUUUGUCGUGGUGGUUGCUUUGAAAACUAUACUUUAAUGGGAGAAAUCAUGGAAAGAAAUUCUCGACAGAAUAACCGAAAACUGCCUUUUCUGUACUGAUCACUUUUUGUGUGUGUGGUAUAAUAAAAUCUUUAUUCAGUUUUAUAAGAUCAUUGAUGGCAGUAGAAACAUCUCUAGCUCAUAUAACAAUAGUAAUAACUCAAAAUUUUGUAAAAUUUACUUCUGCAAAGAGUGGAGCCACUUCAAAAAUUAAAAUAGGUUGACUUGAUUUGGACUUUCUAAUCAUUCUAAGAGGCCAGUUCCCUGCAAACUUGAAAUACAUAAAUGUUUAAAACAUAGUUUGUUUACUGAAGGAUAAAAAUGGUAAGAGUAGAGAAAAAUUCCCCCCCAAAAAACUGUGUAAGGAACAUGUUUUGUUAAUCUGUUAGGUUGUGUUUUUAUUUUUAGGGAUAAAUUAAAUUUGCAUGAUUGUCCAAAAAAAAUCUCAAUUUACAGAUGCUAACUCUAUAUAAAGGAAUGUGGAAAAAUUCGGUUCUUAAGUUAAAAGAUUAAACAUUCAUAUUUGGUAUUUGAGAGAUGGUUAACCAAUAUGUAUGAAUUUAUUUUGUAUCAUGUUAGUAAGCAGUAAGUAUAUGGGUAUUUUUUCCAACUAGUUUUGCUUUCUCUUUCUAGAACAAAAUAUUAAGGGAUUAUAGUGGUUUUCAAGUGAGAGAAGAGGUUUCAGAAGAAAUACCGGGAAGCUUCUCCUUUUUCUCCCCACCAUUCAUCUUCAUUAGAUCAAAUUAUUUUGUGUAGCUUGUCUGGCCUCACAGAAAGAGCAGCUUCUGCUGUGUUAACCAGCUGAUUAAAAUGUAAUAGGAAAAUCUUCAAAGCUGGAAGCAACUUAGUCAUCAAAUACCAAGUGGAAUGGAAAUGUCAGAGGGGUUACUGUCCUGGGAAGUGUGUUGUGUGUCCCGAAUGUGAGCAGAGGUCAUUUGCUAACUUGGUGAUAGACUACUUCAAGUCCUGGUGGUAGAUACUCAUUGGAGUAACUUUGGACUAAAAUCCUCCUUCGUAAUUCUUUUCCUAUUAUCUUUUUCCUCUAGUGUUGCCCAAUUUUUCCUUUAAAAUCAGCACAGCAUUGUGUAUAGAUCUUUAAUGUGGUAUAUGUGUCUGCCAUUUGUCUGUUCCAUUGAUGUAUUAUAUCUUUACAAUAGAAUUCUUUAGCCCCAGGGCCUACUGCUCCUUCAGCUAGCACAUGCCAAAUUAUAAAUGAAUCCGGCUGGCCUGUAAAAGGUCUUUAUGAGACAGUGCCCCAGUUGUCAUGUGUUUGGGUAUUUAACUGUUGCUACUUGCCUCCCCCUCACUCCUCUCCUCUGUGUGUGUGAACUAUCUCCCUUCCUUUGUCUUUCUCUUUCUUUCUCAUGCUAGGCAAGC